AUGUCCUUCUCCAGCCUCGUUCAGGAACUCAGUCUUCGAGACCCCAACGCCCCUCGCCGCCCGGGCCCUACCCCGUCAGUCUCGACUUUCGACGACCGCGCAUCGCAUGUCUCUCGCACCAUGUCUGGAUACGCCAGCACGGCCGCCACCAGCGUGAGCAUCUCCGGUGACAUCGGCAGCCAGUUGCACGGAGGAUACUUCCACCCUCUGGCUCGGUCCUGGCAGGCCGAACGCCAGCUGACAAAGUCUAUGCUCAUUUACCCCAUCUUCGUCACUGAUGGCGAGGACGACAUGAUCCAUGUGCCCUCUCUUCCUGGCCAGUACCAGGUCAGCAUCGACAGGCUGACGGCCUUCCUCGAGCCUCUUGUCCACAAGGGACUGCGAUCCGUCAUGCUGUUUGGUGUUCCCCAGAAGCCCGGCUCCAAGGACAUCCUGGGCAGCUCAGCUGACGAUCCCGAGGGCCCUGUUAUCCAGGCCAUUCAACUCAUCCUCCGCCGUUUCCCUCAGCUCUUCAUCUGCGCCGAUGUCUGCCUCUGCGAGUAUACUUCGCACGGUCACUGCGGUAUUCUGCGAGACGACAGCAGCCUGAACAACCAAAUGUCCGUUGAUCGCAUUUCCGACGUUGCCCUUGCCUAUGCCAAGGCUGGAGCACACUGCGUUGCGCCUUCUGACAUGAAUGAUGGCCGCAUCCGUGCUAUCAAGCUCAAGUUGAUUGAGGAGGGAAUUGCUCACAAGACCCUGCUCAUGUCGUACUCUGCCAAGUUCUCUGGCUGUCUGUAUGGACCCUUCCGAGACGCAGCCGGCUCUGCGCCGUCCUUUGGCGACCGCCGAUGCUACCAGCUCCCCCCCGGAGGCCGCGGCCUUGCUCGCCGAGCCAUCAUCCGUGAUAUGAACGAGGGUGCCGACAUCAUCAUGGUGAAGCCUGCCGGCCAAUACCUCGACGUUAUCAGCGAUGCCAAGGAGCUGGGCAAGGACCUGCCCAUCGCUGCCUACCAAGUCAGUGGCGAGUACUCCAUGAUCCACGCCGCUGCCAAGGCUGGUGUCUUCGAUCUCAAGACCAUGGCUUUUGAGUCAACAGAGAGCAUCCUCCGAGCUGGCGCGACCAUUGUCAUCAGCUAUUUCACCCCCAACUUCCUCGACUGGCUAGACAAUUAA